UCCACGGUCAACGAGUCCUCGACCAUAUACUACAAGAAGUUUAAGUCCAUUGCCUCGUUAUCAUCCCGAAGAAGAGGAUCCAAUUCGCAAUGUAGCUGAUAAUCUACUGGAUUCUUUUCCUCUGUUACAACUUAGAUGUGCAACUAAUGUAAAAAUAGAAGAACGCCUCGUCUCAUCUAUAUACAAUAAUUAUGAACAACCCAGCAGCAUUUAUUGUUGGUUAUCUGAGAAUCAGAAUACUUUAUCAUACAGAAUUUUACUCGGGCUCUUUUUGUUAAUGGGAAUUGGUUGCGAAAAGGAUGAAAAGAGAGCUUUUACUUUGUUAUUUUCAGCGGCCAGAAAAGAUUACCUUAUUGCUCAGGAAAUGGUUGGCGAUUGUUAUUUUUACGGAGUUGGAACUCAUAAAGAAGAAAAUUUAGCUUUUCAGUGGUAUAGUAAGUGCGUGAAAAAAGAAAAAAGUGCUCACGGAUAUUAUGGACUUGGACGGUGCUACGAAUACGGUAAAGGGACUGAUCGAUGUUUGAAUAAAGCUUAUGAAUUUUAUCGAGCUUCUGCUGAUAGAGGGUGCGUGCGCGGAAUGAACGAUCUAGGACGGCUAUACGAAUAUGGAAUCGGUUGUUCCAAGAAUCUGGAUAGAGCAAUUCAUUGGUAUCAAAAAGCAUUCAGUUACGGAUGCGAAGAAGCUCAAAGUCAAAUGAAUAUAUUACUAGAACAAAAUAAUACCUCAUAA